ACAGAGAGAGCUCAGCCGGAGCCCCCAAAAAGCCAGAAAAAGGCAACAAUCUUUUCGAGAUCUUCCCAUCUUCGGCUACGUCGCUCGAUCCUUCGCAUUAGCUCUGUCUAUAUUUCUGUCAAGCAUCACCACUCCACUUUCUCACCUCCUCCAUCUCCACCUUGACCACCUACCUAUCACUCUCCCUCUCUAUACAUAUAUGUAUGUAUAUGUAUUUAUAUAAAUCUCAUCAUCUGCAUCCAAGGUGGUCAUGAAACCAUUCAGAGAAAGGGAUCGAUUUACUGUGAUUCACUCAUAAACCAGUCAAUUCGGUUCACAGAAUAAGAUCCAGAUUAAUACCCAACUCUAUUUUUAUUUAGGGUGGGGUAUCUACCAAGCUAUUAGAGGUUCUUCUGUAGAUUAGAGGACCCUUCUGGUUGGAAUUGUUGUUCCAUCUUCAACUUGUUGCUGCCAAUAACUUCUUGCCAUAGCAUCCACUGAACUGAUCUGGUUUCUAGCCCUCGUUUUGUUGGCACUGUUUUUCACAUCAUGCCAGCUAUACAGAAGCUCUAUAAUGCUUGUAAAGUAUCACUUUCCCCUAAUGGACCUGUAUCAGACGACGCUCUAGAAAGAGUUCGUGCUCUGUUAGACAAAAUCAAGCCCUCUGAUGUAGGACUCGAGCAGGAUGCACAAUUAGUACGUGGGUAUUCAGGUCCUGCGCAUGUGCGUAAUGGGAGACGUCAGUCACUGCCACCGAUCAAAUACCUGCAUUUACAUGAGUGUGACAGCUUCUCUAUGGGAAUAUUCUGCAUGCCACCAAACUCUAUCAUACCUCUUCAUAAUCAUCCUGGAAUGACUGUGUUGAGCAAGCUUCUAUAUGGUUCAUUACAUGUAAAAUCGUAUGAUUGGCUUGAUGUACCUGGGUCUUCUGAUCCAUCACAAGCGAGACCUGCGAAACGUGUUAGAGAUGGUGAGAUGACUGCACCCUGUGGCACUACAAUCCUCUAUCCAGAAAGUGGGGGCAAUAUCCAUUGUUUCAAAGCAUUAACCCCUUGUGCUCUCUUUGACAUCCUGUCUCCCCCUUAUUCGUCUGAGGAUGGACGUCAUUGCACAUAUUUUCGCAAGUCUCCAAGAGGGAAUCUACCAGGUGACCUUGAAUUGAAUGGAGUAACAGUCUCUGAGGUGAUUUGGUUAGAAGAGUUUCAGCCUCCGGAUGACUUUGUGGUUCGUAGAGGGCAAUACAAGGGUCGUGUAAUUAAAACUUGAAGGUUUUAUUGUUGAGUUGGGUCCUAUUGUCAAGCUUAAAUUUGGCUUGUCUAGGUUGGCAAACACGCUCAAAUGAGCUGAUUUCUAGUUUCUCUAAAGCAGCCGUUUCAUUUACCUGCAUGUCCUAUGGUCAAGCAAAUUCAUGCUGCCCCACUUCACUGGCUGCCGGCAAGGUUCCAGUAGUUUGAGACCUGUGAAGAAGACUACACCACAGGAUUUUUACAUGUAUAUAAAUUAGAGUUGAAAAGAUCCUGUAGUUGCUUGUGCAACCAAACUGAAUGACUUAUUAGGAGAGACCACAAUAUGGUUCUGUUUGUUAUACCCUGAGCUGGUUAAUCAGCUAUUAAUUGUGAAAUGCCAUUGUUUUAAAACUUUUACUGAGUGUCAUUUUUGAAUUUAGUAUUCUGAGACAUCUGAGUUCUGUAAUUUAAAAA